CUCUUGUGCAGCUGUGCUCUCCCUCAUUUCUGCAACCUUCUUAAUUUCCUCUCGUUCUCGUUUGCAAGUCCUUCAAUUUCAAACCUUCAUCUCUGCUCACUUUCUCUCUCCGGUAAGUCGCAAGUUACAAAGCUUCAAACCUCCUCCAAUCCCUAAUCCAACAGCGACGCAGAACCGUAUUAUUUUCCUUAAACCCUAGUGCUCAUGGGGUUUAAGAAUUGUGGGUUAAACUUAAGUCCUGUUAAUUUGGUUGCAAUAUGUAAAUUGUUCAUCUUUAUUCGAAUUUCGCUACAUGCCGGUAAUUUAUAGGACAUUUUUCUCCAUAGUGUUUCAUUUCUUGUAUCUCUAUUACUAUACAGCUUUUUGCUGCUUGUAGUUUUAAGUAGUAAGAAUUUGUGGAUCGCAUAGAUGCAUAAAGGGUGGCCUUUCGUCAGCUAUUCGGAUGAAAACACGUGAUAAGUUUGAAGUUUGGUGAGGAUUCUGGUGAAUGCAAUCGCAGUAAUGCAUAUAAGUAUUUCAAUUCGGGAAUCAAGGCUAGUGCAUUAACCAAGCUUGUUUGUUGGAACGCUAUCGGAUUAAAGGAUUUGAUUAAUUGUGUGUAAUCGGAGUGCUCACGCAUCAGUUGCACCUAUGUAAUUUGAAUAUAAAAGAUAAGAAGAAAAGGAGUGAGGUCGAGGUGGUACAUUUUUUGACAAAUUUCCUCUGAUAGAUGUGUUAAUGUUUGUUUCUCUGUUUGAAGACCCAUCUGAAUGGAUUGAACGCAAUGAAAGAAUAUAAGGGGAGCAUCUUUCUCACUGUUACCAUCGUAUGCCGUUUUCUUUUUCUAGGUCUCUAGCUUCACAUGUUGGCAAGGUGAUAGGUGGUUUGUGAUAGGUUUACAUUAAGGCAUAAGAAGAGUUUUGAGGGAUAAGAAUACGAAGACAGAUGUGGGGGCACCUUCCAAAAUCACUUCAGUACAUAAAGACGUUGAGGCAUUCUUCCAAGUCUCCAUGGAUUUCUUUGUUUUCUUGUUCAUACUCAGAUGCUCCUCACAAAAGAACAAAGCUUGCUCCUCUGCAGGAAAGGAGAAUGGUAGACAGGUUUAGGCUUUAUGCUAAAGGGGGUGGUGGUGGCAGUGGUUGCACCAGCACUCGCCGCAGUCGACAUGAUCGCCGCGGCAGACCUGAUGGUGGGAAUGGUGGAAGAGGUGGUGAUGUUUUUUUGGAAUGUUCUCCAACUUGUUGGGACUUCAGCGGUUUGCAACCUCACCUUAUUGCUCAGAGAGGGGGACAUGGAUCCUCAAAGAAUAAAAUUGGCACCAGAGGAGCAGAUAAGAUUGCCCAAGUGCCCAUUGGUACCGUGAUUCAUCUUCUGAAGGGUGAAACUCCUUGUGUUGCUGAAAGACAAAUUCCUAAAGAUUUGGAUCCAUGGGAAAUUCCAGGUACUCCUAUUGGUGAUGUAACAGAAUCCGAUCAGCAGUCUACGCUUACUGGCCUAACUACGGCAGAGGAUAGUGACAGCUCAUCCUCUCAACCUGACAGAAUUGUUGAGGAAUCAGCUGGCAUGAAGGGAACUACCCAAAUGGGAUCAACUGAUUCUCAAUUGUCAUCUUCUUCUUCUGAGAGUUGCUCAGAAGAUGAGACAGAGGAAAAAGAUCAAAUUCAGUACAAUGUUGCUGAAUUAACCGUACAAGGUCAACGAGUAAUUAUUGCUUGUGGAGGGGAAGGUGGUAUGGGCAAUGUGUCCUCUGUGAAAGUGUUUGAUGAUGAGGAGUCGUCCCUUCGUGUGGGUUUGCCUGGUUCUGAAGCUGUUCUUAUACUAGAGCUGAAGAGCAUUGCUGAUGUGAGCCUAGUCGGAAUGCCAAAUGCUGGUAAAAGCACUUUGUUAGGAGCUAUAUCGAGGGCAAAACCUGCAGUGGGACAUUAUGCCUUCACAACUCUUAGACCCAAUUUGGGGAAUCUAAACUUUGAGGACUUCUCGCUCACAGUUGCUGAUGUUCCUGGACUCAUAAAGGGUGCCCAUGAGAAUCGUGGACUUGGACAUGCAUUCCUGCGACACAUAGAACGCACAAAAGUUCUUGCUUAUGUGGUAGACUUGGCUUCUGGAUUGGAUGGUAGAAUUGGAACGCCACCUUGGGAACAACUUCGGGAUUUAGUUUUAGAGCUCGAGCAUCAUCUAGAGGGUUUAUCUAAUCGACCGUCCUUGAUAGUGGCAAAUAAAAUAGAUGAGGACGGUGCUGAAGAAGUGUAUGAAGAAUUGAAAAGACGGGUGCAAGAUGUUUCUAUAUUCCCCGUCUGUGCUGUUCUGGAGGAAGGAGUGCCAGAGGUAAAACUGGCUCUUAAGAAGCUUGUGAAUGGUGAAACAUCAGACAGACUCGUUUUAGAUAAAAUCACGGUUGAUUAAAGGUUAGUGAUACUUCUUCAACAAAAAAUGAUUUGUUGGUUGCCGAGUUUCAGUAUUAGAUUUACUUUGUUUUGCAGUAUCCAUAAUAAGUUUUGCACACUAGAAUCAUACUCCGUUUAGAAGAACUUCUGUAGGACAAUCAUUUCGUGUCUGGUUUGAUCAACCGUUCAAAAAUUAACAUGUAUUGAGAAAAAUCACUAUUUGUUUAGUUUCAGUAUACAUACCUAUGCAUAUAUUGUAACCGAAAACAAAAUUUCAAAUAUGAACAGUUGAUUUUUCUUC